AUGACAUCAUCUUCACAACAAAUUAGGGUUAUUAAUUUCGGGCCACAAGAUCCAUCACUUCUUCGGUUUCAGAGUAUUCAUAUUUCUGAGCAUAUUUUGGAUGAACGUGAUCACUCGACAUUGAGGGUUAGGAAGAGUCGAAAUAUUCUCGGUGGAUUAGAAGGUGUUCCGGAAGAAAUUAUUUCACAUCUGGAGUUAGUGGGUUUUGUUGGAGUGACUAACUUGUCUCAACUUCCUGUAGAUGUGAGAUUGAUUACUGAAUUAGUAGAGAGGUGGAGGCCCAAGACGCACACCUUCCACAUGCCCCCUGGAGAGUGUACUAUUACCCUUCAGGAUGUUGCUAUUAUCUUAGGAUUACGCAUAGAUGUGAGACUUGUUAUAGCACCCACUGAGGGUGAUUGGGCACAGAUUGUGGAAGAUAACUUAGGUAUGAGACCAGGAUCAGAAGGGAGUUUCUUGAAAAUGAGCUGGUUGGACGAGCACUUCAUUCAUAUUGCCAUGCAUAAUCAGACUCUACUGUAG